CCCUGCCUUCCUUCUGGCCACCAUGGGGCUGCUGCUGGCCCACCUGGCGGCCCUCUGCCUGGCUCUGACCUGGGCCGGGGGCACGGAGCUCCAGAGAGAAGGCAGAACCCGGAACCAUGGCCAUAGCGUGUGCAGCUCCUGGGGCAAUUUCCACUACAAGACCUUCGACGGCGACGUCUUCCACUUCCCUGGGCUGUGCGACUACAACUUCGCCUCCGACUGCCGCGACGCCUACAAGGAGUUCGCCGUGCACCUGAGGCGCGGCCCCAGCAGCAGUGGGGGCCCGUCCCAGGUCGAGUACAUCCUGCUGACCGUCAAGGAUGACACCAUCUACCUCACCCGCCAGCUCGUCGUGCUGAAUGGGGCCAUGGUCAGCACGCCCCACUACAGCCCGGGGCUGCUCAUCGAGAAGACUGACGCCUACACCAAGGUCUACUCCCGUGCUGGACUCACACUCAUGUGGAACCGGGAGGACUCAGUCAUGCUCGAGCUGGACAGUAAGUUCCGGAACCACACGUGCGGCCUCUGCGGGGACUACAAUGGCCUGCAGACAUACUCGGAGUUCCUCUCCGAGGGUGUAUCCUUCAGUCCUGUCGAGUUUGGGAACAUGCAGAAGGUGAACAAGCCUGACGUGGUGUGCGAGGACCCCGAGGAGACGGUGGUCCCCAAGUCCUGCUCCGAGCACCGCGCCGAGUGCGAGCGGCUGCUGACGGCUGCGGCCUUUGCGAGCUGCCAGGGCCUGGUGCCCGUGGAGCUGUACGUGCGGGCCUGCACGCAGGACCGCUGCCGCUGCCCGCGGAACGCCUCCUGUGUGUGCAGCACCAUCGCCGAGUUCUCCCGCCAGUGCUCCCACGCCGGCGGGCGCCCGGAGAACUGGAGGACCGACGCGUUCUGCCCCAAGAGCUGCCCUGGGAACAUGGUCUACCUGGAGAGCGGCUCACCCUGCAUGGACACCUGCUCACACCUGGAGGUCAGCAACCUGUGUGAAGAGCACCGCAUGGAUGGCUGCUUCUGCCCGGAAGGCGCUGUGUACGAUGACGUUGCGGGCGGCGGCUGCGUCCCCGUGAGCCAGUGCGGCUGCAAGCUGCACGGACACCUGUACACGCCCGGCCAGGAGAUCACCAACAACUGCGAGCAGUGUGUCUGCAACGCUGGCCGCUGGGUGUGCCAGGACCUGCAGUGCCCCGGGACCUGCACUCUGGAGGGUGGUGCGCACAUCUCCACCUUCGACGGGAGGAAGUACACCUUCCAUGGGGACUGCUACUACGUGCUGACCAAGACCCAGAACGACUCCUAUGCCCUCCUGGGCGAGCUGGCCCCCUGCGGCUUCACGGACAAGCAGACCUGCCUGAAGACAGUGGUGCUGCUGGCCGACAACAAGAAGAAUGUGGUGGCCUUCAAGUCGGAUGGCAGUGUCCUGCUGAAUGAGCUGAAGGUGAACCUGCCCCAUGUGACGGCGAGCUUCUCCAUCUUUCAACCGUCCUCCUACCACCUCGUGGUGAUCACCACCUUCGGCCUCAAGCUGCAGAUUCAGCUGGUGCCGGUCAUGCAGCUCUUCCUGACGCUGGACCAGGCGGCCCAGGGCCGAGUGCAGGGCCUCUGCGGGAACUUCAAUGGCCUCGAAGGGGACGACUUCAGGACGGCCGGGGGGCUGGUGGAGGCCACGGGCGCCGGCUUCGCCAACACCUGGAAGGCCCAGUCGAGCUGCGAUGACAAGCUGGACUGGCUGGAGGACCCCUGUGCCCUCAACAUUGAGAGUGCCAACUACGCUGAGCACUGGUGCUCCCUGCUGAAGAAGACUGAGACCCCGUUUGAGAGGUGUCACUCCACCGUGGACCCAGCCGAGUAUUACAAGAGGUGCAAGUAUGACACGUGCAACUGCCGGAGCACGGAGGACUGCAUGUGUGCGGCCCUGUCCUCGUAUGCCCGCGCCUGCGCCGCCAAGGGCGUCAUGCUGUGGGGCUGGCGGGAGCACGUCUGCAACAAGGACCUGGAGUCCUGCCCCAAGUCGCAGGUCUUCCUGUACAACCUGACCACCUGCCAGCGGACCUGCCGCUCGCUGUCCGAGUCCAACACCCACUGCCUGCAGGGCUUCGCACCCGUGGAUGGCUGCGGCUGCCCUGACCACAUGUUUCUGGACGAGAAGGGCCGCUGCGUGUCCCUGGCCAAGUGCUCCUGCUACCACCGCGGCCUCUACCUGGAGGCAGGGGACGUGGUCCUGAGGCAUGAGGAGCGAUGCGUCUGCCGGAACGGGAGGCUGAGCUGCAUACAGGUCAAGCUGAUAGGCCAGGCCUGCGAGGCCCCGAAGAUCCAUGUCGACUGCAGCAACCUGACGGCACUGGCCACCCGGAGCCCCAGGCCCGUCAGCUGCCAGACACUGGCUGCCGGCCACUACCAGACAGAGUGCAUCAGUGGCUGCGUGUGCCCCGAGGGGCUGAUGGACGAUGGCCGGGGUGGCUGCGUGGUGGAGGAGGCAUGCCCAUGUGUGCACAACAACGACCUGUACCAGCCCGGGGACGAGGUCAGGGUCGACUGCAACACCUGCACCUGCCAGAAAGGGCGCUGGGCGUGCACCCAGUUCGUGUGCCAUGGCACCUGUGCCAUCUACGGGAAUGGCCACUACAUCACCUUCGACGGGAAGUACUAUGACUUUGACGGACACUGCUCCUACGUGGCCGUUCAGGACUACUGCGGCCAGAACACCUCCCUGGGUUCCUUCAGUAUCAUCACCGAGAAUGUGCCCUGUGGUACCACGGGGGUCACCUGCUCCAAGGCCAUCAAGAUCUUCAUUGGGAGGACGGUGCUGAAGCUGGAGGACAGACACUGCAUGGUGAUCCAGCGUGACGUGGGCCACGACGUGGCCUACACCACGCGGGAUGUGGGCCAGUACCUGGUGGUGGAGGCCAGCAUCGGGGUCAUCGUCAUCUGGGACAGGAAGACCACCAUCUUCAUCAAGCUCGACCCCUCCUAUAAGGGCGCGGUGUGUGGCCUGUGCGGGAACUUCGACCAGCGGUCCAAAAACGACUUCACCACGCGGGACCGCAUGGUGGUGGACAGUGAGCUGGACUUCGGGAACAGCUGGAAGGAGGCCUCCACCUGUCCGGACGUGAGGACGGCCCCGGACCCUUGCACCGUGAACCUGCACCGCCGCUCCUGGUCGGUGAAGCAGUGCAGCAUCAUCAAAAGCAGGGUCUUCGCGCUCUGCCACAGCAAGGUGGACCCCAUGCCCUUCUACGAAGCCUGCGUCCAAGACUCCUGCUCCUGCGAUGCCGGCGGGGACUGUGAGUGCUUCUGCUCCGCCGUGGCCUCUUACGCCCAGGAGUGCACCAAGGAGGGCGCCUGCGUGUUCUGGAGGACCCCCGACCUGUGCCCCAUAUUCUGCGACUACUACAACCCCCCGGGCGAGUGUGAGUGGCACUACGAACCCUGCGGGAACCGCAGCUUCGAGACCUGUCGGACCGUCAAUGGCAUCCACUCCAACAUCUCCGUGUCCUACCUGGAGGGCUGCUACCCCCGGUGUCCUAAGCACAGGCCGAUCUACGACGAGGAGCUGAAGGCGUGUGUCACCAGGGACCAAUGCGGCUGCUACAUCGACAACACUCACUACACACCGGGCACGCCCGUGCCCACAGGGCACAUCUGCCACACUUGCAUGUGUACCAAGUCCUCGAAAGUUGUCUGCCAGGUUGAUAAAGGGAAGAUCAUCAACGUGACGCAGGACGGCUCCUUCUGCUACUGGGAGUUCUGUGGCCCCAACGGGACGGUGGAGAAAUACUUCAACGUCUGUGUGUCCACCUCAGCACCCUCAACCCCCGCCACGACCACCCCCACCACGACCACCCCCACCACGACCACCCCCACCACGACCACCCCCACCAGCACCACUCCGACCCCCAGCACAGCGCCACCUUCCUCUUCACCCACGACUGUUUCCUGCUGCUCCUGGUCCGACUGGAUCAACAACGACCAUCCCAGUACCAACAGUGACGGCGGGGACCGAGAGACGUUCGACGGCAUCUGCAGGGCCCCCCGGGACAUCGAGUGCAGGGCGGCCGUGGAGCCCUUCCUCAGCUGGGACACGCUGGGCCAGAAGGCUCAGUGCAAUGUCUCCUUCGGGUUCAUUUGCAAAAAAGAAGACCAGUUUGGAAACGGACCUUUUGAGGUCUGCUAUGACUACAAGAUACGGGUCUAUUGCUGCAAGCAGAGGGAUGAGUGUCCUACCUCGACCCCAACCACCACCCCGCUGACCACCACCCAACCAGCCACUACUCCACCGACCACCACCCCGCCGACCACCACCCCUACUCCCACCCCGACCACCACCACACAAACCACCACGCCGACCACCACCCCACAAACCACCACCCCGCCGACCACCACCACACAAACCACCACCCCGCAGACCACCACCCCAACUCCCACCCCGACCACCACCACACAAACCACCACCCCGCCGACCACCACCACACAAACCACCACCCCGCAGACCACCACCCCUACUCCCACCCCGACCACCACCACACAAACCACCACCCCGCCGACCACCACCACACAAACCACCACCCCGCAGACCACCACCCCUACUCCCACCCCGACCACCACCACACAAACCACCACCCCGCAGACCACCACCCCUACUCCCACCCCGACCACCACCACACAAACCACCACCCCACCGACCACCACCCCAACUCCCACCCCGACCACCACCACACAAACCACCACCCCGCAGACCACCACCCCACAAACCACCACCCCGCCGACCACCACCACACAAACCACCACCCCGCAGACCACCACCCCAACUCCCACCCCGACCACCACCACACAAACCACCACCCCGCUGACCACCACCCCAACUCCCACCCCGACCACCACCACACAAACCACCACCCCGCAGACCACCACCCCUACUCCCACCCCGACCACCACCCCACAAACCACCACCCCGCCGCCGACUGUCCCAACUGCAAACACUACAAUCACCACGGUCACCCCACCCCCGUGUCUGCCGGACUGCAGGUGGACUGGCUGGCUGGAUUCUGGUAAACCGAACGAUACCGAAGCAGAUGGAGACGUUGAAUCCCUUGAGAACGUCUGCAAGAGCGGCUGGGUAGCCAACAUCUCCUGCAGAGCCGCCGUGUCUCCCAACACUCCUCUCCAAGAGCUUGAACAAACUGUGGUGUGUGACACCUCGGUUGGGCUUGUGUGCAAAAACCAGGACCAGAAGCCAGGGGGAGCCACCCCGACGCCUGCCUGCCUCAACUACGAGAUCAACGUCUAUUGCUGUUUUGUUAAACCUCACUGUGUCUCCACACCAUCGCCGACCACUACCCCUUCCCCGCCAUCUACCACCACAACAGAGACUCCAACCCCAACACCCACCACCACAGAGACCACCACCCACACCACUACCACCACCACAGAGACCCCAACCCCAACACCCACCACCACAGAGACCACCACCCCAACCACAACCACAGAGACCACCACCCCCACCACCACCACAGAGACCACCCCCCCAACCACCACCACAGAGACCACCACCCCAACCACAACCACAGAGACCACCACCCCCACCACCACCACAGAGACCACCACCCCCACCACUACCACAGAGACCACCACCCCAACCACAACCACAGAGACCACCACCCCCACCACCACCACAGAGACCACCCCCCCUACCACCACCACAGAGACCACCACCCCAACCACAACCACAGAGACCACCACCCCAACCACAACCACAGAGACCACCACCCCCACCACUACCACAACCACAGGGACCCCAACCCCAACACCCACCACCACAACCACCACUCCCACCACAACCACAGAGACCACUGCCCCCACCACUACCACAACCACAGGGACCCCAACCCCAAAACCCACCACCACAGUGAUAACACACUCUCAGUGUCUGCCGGACUGCAGGUGGACUGGCUGGCUGGAUUCUGGUAAACCGAACGAUACUGAAGCAGAUGGAGACGUUGAAUCCCUUGAGAACGUCUGCAAGAGCGGCUGGGUUGCCAACAUCUCCUGCAGAGCCGCCGUGUCUCCCAACACUCCUCUCCAAGAGCUUGAACAAACUGUGGUGUGUGACACCUCUGUUGGGCUUGUGUGCAAAAACCAGGACCAGAAGCCAGGGGGAGCCACCCUGACGCCUGCCUGCCUCAACUACGAGAUCAACGUCUACUGCUGUUUUGCUCAACCUAACUGUGUUUCCACACCGUCGCCGACCACUACCCCUUCGUCAUCUACCACCCGUUCAACAGAGAUUCCAAGUCCUACCACUACAGAGACCCCAGGUACAACAACCCCCAUGGCUUCAACUGGGACUCCGAUGCCAACCUCUAGCACCACCUCAAGAGAGACAACCACCACCACACCAACAACCACAGUGACCCCAAGCCCGUCAUCUACCACAACUACAACAGAGACUCCAACCCCAGCACCCACAACCACAGGGACCCCAACCCCAGCACCCACAACCACAGGGACCCCAACCCCAACACCCACCACCACAGAGACCACCCCCCCCACCACAACCACAGAGACCACCACGCCCACCACCACCACAACCACUGUGACCCCAAGCCUGCCAUCUACCACCACUACAACAGAGACUCCAACCCCAACACCCACCACCAUAGUGACCACAACCCCUACCACAACCACAGGGACCCCAACCCCAACACCCACAACCACAGGGACCCCAACCCCAACACCCACCACCACAGAGACCACCACCCCCACCACUACCACAACCACAGAGACCCCAACUCCCAUCACCACCACCACAGGGACCCCAGCCCCAACACCCACUGGCACAGUGACGCCAGGCUGGCCAUCUACCACCACCAGCACAGCUGUGGGGCCCUCUAGCUCACCACUGACCCCGACGUUGACAAUGCCGACGGUCACUCCAGUGGGAGGCUCCACCCUUCCAGGCUCGCCGACCCCGGGUCCCACCUCCUCGAAGACCACCCCCACCCCUGGAUCCACGACGGGGCCACCUUUACCCAGCACAAGCCCUACCUCCAGCCCCACGUCAGCAGGACGCCCGUCGACCACGCCAGAGUCCACCAGCACCUGGACCUCCAGUGUGUCCACCUCCACUGUGACCCCAGGAACCUCCCCCCACAUUACCAUGAGCACCAGUGGGGUCAGCCCCUCCCCCAUAUUUCCAUGCUGCUUCUUGAAUGAGACCUACUACGCCCCAGGCGAGCUGGUGUACAACGGCACGCAUGGAGACACGUGCUACUACGUGAACUGCUCGCUGGGAUGCACGCUUGAGUUCUUCAACUGGUCGUGCCCGUCCACACCCUCCCCAACACCCAGCCCGUCCACACCUACCACCCACGAACGCAGCACAUCCAGCACCCCACCCUCCAGGGUCCCCGGGUGCCCGGACUUGGAUCCUCCCAGGCAGGAGAACGAGAGCUGGUGGAUGUGCAACUGCACCAGGGCCACGUGCAAGUACAACAACACCGUGGAGCUCGUGAAGGUCAAGUGCGAGCCCCCGCCCAUGCCCACCUGCACCAACGGCCUCGCGCCCGUGCGCGUCGAGGACCCCGACAAGUGCUGCUGGCACUGGGAGUGUGACUGCUACUGCACGGGCUGGGGGGACCCACACUACGUCACCUUCGACGGGCUCUACUACAGCUACCAGGGCAACUGCACCUACGUGCUGGUGGAGGAGAUCAGCCCCCGGGUGGACAACUUCGGGAUCUACGUCGACAACUACCACUGCGAUGUCAACGACGAGGUGUCCUGCCCCCGCACGCUCAUCGUGCGCCACGAGACCCAGGAGGUGCUGAUCAAGACCGUGCGAAUGAUGCCCAUCGCGGUGCAGGUGCAGGUCAACAGGCAGGCCGUGGCGCUGCCCUACACCAAGUUCGGGCUGCGGGUGUACGAGUCGGGCAUCAACUACAUGGUUGACAUCCCCGAGCUGGGCGCCCUUGUGUCCUACAAUGGCCUCUCCUUCUCCAUCCGGCUGCCCUACCGCCUGUUUGGCAACAACACGAAGGGCCAGUGUGGCACGUGCACCAACACCACCUUGGAUGACUGUGUGCUGCCCAGCGGGGAGAGCAUUGACAACUGCGAGAUCGCGGCUGACUCCUGGGUGGUGAACGACCCCUCCAAGCCACGCUGUCCCCACACCGGCUUCACCACCAGGCGCCCGACCACCUCGCCUACAGUGGGCACCAGCAGCUUCCCCACGAAGGGCUGUGCGUCUCCGCUCUGUGAGCUCAUCAAGGACAGCUUGUUUGCCCAGUGCCAUGCCCUGGCGCCCCCCCAGCACUACUAUGAAGCCUGCCUGUUCGACAGCUGCUACGUGCCCGGCUCGAACCUGGAGUGUGCCAGCCUGCAGACCUACGCGGCUCUGUGUGCCCAGGAGGGCAUCUGCGUGGACUGGCGGAACCACACUGGCGGGGCCUGCCCGGUGACAUGCCCUGCCCACCGUGAGUACCGGGCCUGUGGCCCCACGGAGGAGCCCAGCUGUAAGUCCAGCCCCUCCCAGCCGAACAGCACGCGCCUGGUGGAAGGCUGCUUCUGCCCUGAGGGCACCACCAGCUACGCACCCGGCUUUGACGUCUGCGUGGACCUGUGCGGCUGCGUGGGGCCCGACAACGUGCCCAGAGAGUACGGGGAGCACUUCGAGUUCGACUGCAAGGACUGCAUCUGCCUGGAGGGCGGGAGCGGCAUCAUCUGCAAGCCCAAGACGUGCCAGCCGGAGCCCCGGCUGGAGUGCGAGGAGGAUGGCACCUACCCGUUCACGGAGGUGGACCCCGCCAACACCUGCUGCAAUCUCACCUCCUGCAAGUGCAAUGCUAGCCUGUGCAGGGAGAAGCCCCCGCUGUGCUCACUGGGCUUCCAGGUGAAGAGCGAGAUUGUGCCCAGGAGGUGCUGCCCCCAGUACUCGUGUGUGCCCAAGGGCGUGUGUGUGCUGGAGCACGCCGAGUACCAGCCCGGCUCUCCAGUCUAUUCAUCCAAGUGCCAGAACUGCGUCUGCACCGACCGCAGGGACAACGCCACGCAGCUCAACGUCAUCACCUGCACCCACGUGCCCUGCAACACCACCUGCAGCCCGGGCUUUGAGCUGGUGGACGCCCCCGGGGAGUGCUGCAAGAAGUGCCAGCAGACCCACUGCAUCAUCACCCGGCCCGGCAAGCAGAGCCUGGUCCUGAAGCCUGGAGACAUGAAGAGUGACCCCCUGAACAACUGUACCUUCUUCAGCUGCGUGAAGAUACACAACCAGCUCAUCUCAUCCGUCUCCAACAUCACCUGCCCCGACUUUGACCCCAGCACCUGCGUCCAGGGCUCCAUCAAGCUCAUGCCCAAUGGCUGCUGCAGGAAAUGCGUCUCUCGCAAUGAGACCAGCAUCUCCUGUGCUGCCAUCCCCGUCGUGAGGGAGAUUUCACACAACGGCUGCACCGCGUUGGUCUCCAUGAACGACUGCUCUGGGUCCUGCGGGACCUUCGCCAUGUACUCGGCCGAGGCCCAGGCGCUGGACCACAGGUGCUCCUGCUGCAGGGAGCAGCGCACCAGCCAGCGGGAGGUGGCGCUGCAGUGCCCGGGCGGGGGCACGCUCCGCUACACCUACACGCACGUUGACAGCUGCCUGUGCCAGGACACCCUGUGCGAGCUUCCCGCCCAGCGCAGGGCCCGGCGCUCCUUGCCCCUCGGGGUGGCCCCCGGGCGGGGGUGAGGGGAGGGCCCGGCCCCCACCGUCCCGUGUCCCCUUCCCACUGAUCCCCUCAGCUGCCUCGCCUUCUGAGCUGACUUUCUCUCUGGAAGUAUUUAUUUUCUGAGCCUUUGUUCGAUUCUUUGCUUUCCAAAAUAAACUUGGGCAGAGACGC